GUUUGCCAACACUAAAUAACUAAAUUGCCGCCGAAACAAGACAACCCGAAGAAAAUAAACAUAAAAUAAUGCCCGAACAAGUAGAAUCAAGUCCAAAACUGAAUGUAAGCAGUGAGAUUAAGUCGCCAACUUAUGAUUUAACUAAGUUCCACCUCAAACGCAUACUCAGCAACAAUAGCAAAUGCAAGAGUAUAACAUUACUUGGCACUUUCCCGGACAUAUCAGAAACUGACGCUGCAAUUGUUGUUUUCGAAAAAAAUGCUUAUCGUGAGAGCGACGUGGCAACUGAAGUGCCGGCAGAUCAGGAGGCCGACUCGAGUCCCAAGCCGAGCUAUUUUAGCACGGAUCUGCAAGUCCGCACCGAUUUUAUAAAUAAUAUUUACGCAAGUUUUCAGUGUGUGCCCACCCAGGAGCUGUGUACCGUCAAGGGUACAGUGAUUUAUCCAGCCACUGAGAAACAUAUUGAAAAAUAUUCCAUAUGCCAGAAGUAUAUAAUAAAUGAAACCCCAGAUCUCUACGAAUCCAUUACGUUGCCGUACAUCACCUCAAGCCAAUUCUCGUUGGACUGGGUGUACAAUAUUCUGGAGCACAAACAGGAAACUGAGCGUAUUGUAUUCGAGGAUACGCAUCCAGAGAAUGGCUUUGUCCUUCUUCCUGAUCUCAAAUGGGAUGGACGCAACGUGGAGACCUUAUAUUUGCUGGGAAUAGUACGCAAGCGUGAUAUUAAAUCGUUGCGUGAUCUCAAUGCGAGCCACUUGCCCUUGUUGCGCAAUUUACGAGAGUCGGCCAAGCAGGCGAUACUUGAACGUUAUGGCCUGAAUCCCAACCAGCUGCGAAUGUACUUCCAUUAUCAACCGUCAUUCUACCAUCUGCAUGUACAUAUCAAUCCGAUUAGAAACGAUGCACCAGGCAUCUGGUGCGAGAAGUCGCACAUGCUGGACACUGUCAUCAACAAUUUGGAACUGAUGCCUGAUUACUAUCAGCGAGCCAGCCUGCCCUUUGUCUUAUACGAGGGCAACAAGUUGUUGGAAUUAUAUGACAAACAGUUGGAGGUCCGCCAAGUCGUAGCGCAGGAGCUGAGCGAAGCUGACGAAGCGCCCGAAGCUUUUACAGACGAUGAGCCCGAAGAGGGACGGGAAUGCAAGCGCAUCAAGCUGAGCACUCCACAGAAGGAGUCCAAUGAAGCGGAACUUCUCGAAAUGCCGUGUGCCUAAAAUUGGAUCUAUUGAUUAUCAACCUGGUUUGAUAAAACAGUAAAAAUAAACGUACAAAAGCACUCAAUCAA